AACACGAAAUCUUUUAAGAAAAAAACAAAAAAAAUAAUUCGGCAUUAAAAUUAAUCAAGUCAAUAAUUUAGACAAACGCCAGCAAUAACAAUUGCUCCGUCCGGACAUGCCCGACGACACGCCAGAUGCCAAAGCCCAGAAACUGGCAGCGGCACGCAAAAAGCUGAAAGAGUACCAACAACGCAACAACAACAAUGUUGAUGAAAACGCAGGCACCAAUACAAACUCAUCGACUGUGAGCAUUUCCAGCAACGUGUCCGAGCAUUCCGAUUGCGAAUUAAACAAUGCAGGUGCCGCCAGUGGCAGCGCGCAACAGACUAUGGAAUUUAGCCCAAGCGCCGCGUCAGCAGCAAAUGAUGUUGCGGCCUAUUUUACACAGCCAUCAAUGCCGCAGAUGGAGGCGCAGCCGAUGCUAAUGCCGACAGCCAUACUGAGCCACAAUGGGCAGGGAGAUACAAAUCUGCAGACGAUACAAGUGCUGAUAGCAGAGAAGGCGCAACUAAACACAGAUUUGACCAAAUGGCGUCAUCUAUGUCGGCAGCAUGAGUUGGAGUUGGAAGAAGUACGCACGGAGCACAGUCAAGCGGGUCAGCGUGUAGAGCAGCUGCAGCAACAUGCACAGGAGCUGCAACGUAGCGCCGAACAGCAGCGCAACACAAAUGCUGAACUGCAACACAAAUUGGCGCUGUCGCAAGCACAAAUCGAAGAUCAGCGAGCACACCUAAGCGAGGUGGAGGCACAACUAAAGCAAUUGACGGCGCGCCAGGAUGAGCUGCAACAACAGCUUACAGACAAGUGCAAUGAGCUGGACAUGGCGCUAUUAAAGCUGCGCCAGUUGUCCGAUGAGUCCCAUGUCAAUACAGACAAUCGCGUGGAAACACUCACACAGACACAAUACAUGUACGAGCAGCAAAUACGCGAUUUGCAACAAAUGGUGGCACAGCUGACACAGGACAAGGAGCAAGCAUCUCUGCAGUAUCAGAACUAUGUAGGCAAUCUAAAUGAGCGCAACUCUGAGCUAAGUGAGGAGUGCACACAGCUAAGAGAACGCGAACGUCAGCUGGUGGAGCACGUUAGCAGCCUGGAGCGGGAUAUACAAAAGAAUCUAGCGCUGCAGGCACAAUACAAAGAGCAGGCAGCAAGUCAGCUGGCUCAACAACAGCCAAAAGAGCAACCUGCAAUGGUGCAGGACAAUGCUGAAUUGGUUGCACUUAAGGAGCGCCUUAGCGACUUUGACUUUGAGCGACACGAGUUUCAGUUGAAAAUCAAAUCCCAGCAUGAUCAGCUACAGCUGAAAGAUGAAACCAUUGGAGACCUGGAGCAGCAGCUGCAGCGUCUGCAAACAGAGCAGCCGGAUCAGGUCAAGCUGCUGGCCACUAUGGAAUCGGACAAGGUUGCUGCCUCACGCGCGCUUACGCAAAACGUUGAGAUGAAAAAGCAGCUGGAUGAGCUGGAGCUACGUUUUGUGCAGUUGACCAAUGACAAAGCUGAGUUGGUCAAUAAGCUGGAUGCCGAAGAGUUUGCCAAUCGCGAGAUACGUUCCAACUACAGCAAAAUGGAGCAACAGUUGCAGGCAAACGAUGAGCGCUACAAAUUCAAAGAUGAGGAAAUGAUACGACUCUCGCAUGAGAAUGUUGAACUGCAGCGCAUGCAGUUGGUGUUGAAGCAGCAAUUGGAUCGACUGCAGCACUAUGAGGCGCAGGCCUAUCACAAUCACGCAUCGCCAGAUGCAGCAGCUGUUGAAGAAGGCGCCGCUGAGGCAAAGGAGGUGCAUGAGCAGCACGAUCAUAACCACGAGCACGACCACGAUCAUCACGAUCACGAUCACAAUCAUGAAGGACAUGAUCAUCAUAAUCAUAAUCAUCAUCAUCAUCACCAUCACCAGCAUAGUGAAGAGCAUGGCACACAUUCCCAUAAUGAGAGCAGCUGCAAGACACCUUUGCUACCCAGUGCCGAAGCUGUGGAAAAACUGCAAUCACGCUUCACCAAGCUCAUUAGCCAAGUGGCAGAUUUAACCGAGGAGAAGCACAGCCUGGAGCAUUUGGUGCUGCAGCUGCAAAGCGAGACGGAAACCAUUGGCGAGUACAUAGCACUCUAUCAAACCCAGCGCCGCAUGUUGAAGCAGCGCGAAUACGAGAAGGCCACUCAGAUGCGACUGCUCCAAGCGGAGCGUGCACAACUGCGCGAAAAAAUUGAGACGCUAAACAAGCUGGUGGGCAGUUUAGGUGUGGUUCAGCCAACUGAGCAACCAGCAGCAAUUGUUAAUGGCACAGCAGAGCAACAAACAACAGUUGCAAAUGAAAGCACAGAGAGCGCAAAUUCGCAACAAAUUUUAUAUAAAAUACAGGAUAUAAUAACAGAAAUUAAGGUGAAUACCGAAGAGUCGCCCAACACAGCGGCACAGCCAGGUGGACAUGCUGUAGAUCAUUUAAACUGUUGCCUGGGCAAAUUUGAGGUGGUCUGAGCCAAGUGUGCAAUUCGUGUUUUAUAAAUUUUCUAUACAACCUCCUAUAAGUAUAUUUGUAUGUAUGUACGUAUGUAUGUGUUUCAUAAAAUGAAUGCAUAAAUCAAAUUGUUUGGUCAAGGCAAAUGCUCUUUACAGAAGCUUAAAUAAAAUAAAAUAUUUAAUAUAAAGUAUGAACGGCAAAA